UACUAACCUCGCUUCACAGCCACACAGCCCCCCAGUCCAGACAACCUCUUUUUCCUCUCUCAUCACGACAAUCAAGUCCUUGACAUCAUAUUACGCCACAUCAAGUAUGACGAUGUUUCAGUUCACCAAUGGACCCUUCCAGGAGUCCUCUCAAGAGGCUACGGCGCCUACAAGAAAGCGAAAAUUAAGUCAGUCCUCCAGUCGUUUUGAUUGCCCUUAUUGCUCGAAACAUGGCUACAAGACCGAGGAUGCGUUGCGUCAGCACGUUGUUGGGCGUCCAGGAAUGAAGAACGGCUGCAGAGACAAGUUUCCUACUCAACAACCAUUGUUUGCUCCCUCCCGCGCUUCGGCUGGCCCGCAAUCCAGUGCUUCAUCAGGUAGCUCCUCCGUUCAUCGGUCAUACCGCACUCCAUAUGAUGAUGGUCUACUCCCUGCUCCAACGUCCCAGGCCAUCCGACCACCGCCAACGCGAAUCCAAGUUGGGCCCUAUCACGGCCAAUCUGUGAAUUCACCUUUUCCUCUGGUCACUACUCCUAGAGAUAUACCGGCGAAGGUGCCGGCAACGUGUUUGGUCCGUGUUUCAGCUGACCUCCCCCAGGAGUCUACUGAUCUACCUCCAUCUACGGUCGUAUCGGGGAGUGCUAAAGGUGGUAAGCAGGGAGGUCGUGGUGGGGUCCUUCCGCACGCAGCGUCUCCAAUUCUCAACGCCGCAACGCCUCCGAUUCGCAACGCCGCAGCGCCGCGAUUCAUCGACCAAUUCGACUCCGCUGGGACCUUCAACGAGACCAUCCAGAAACAGUUCCUUCGCAAAACUGAGACCAUCCCGGAGCUUCGACGUCGGCUAACACUGGACCCAACGCCCACAAAUCGUAUGAUCCUACUGGUUGUGGAUUCUGCACGGGACUACAGCACCAAGAGCCCUCAAGAUCAAGAAGACGUGGCUGACCAUAUCAUUCACUGGAUGGUCACGUCAGGUAUGGAUGCUUUCUCCCGGCCGUACCUGGAAGCCUUGGCAGCAUUCGAAGACUUGGUGGUUGCACUGGCGAGGCACCUCGAGACCAGACUGCUGCACUGCUCCCAGCCCCGGAUGCUCAACAACGAGAUGAAUGGAUUUGUUCGGGAGUAUGGACCACGCCUCUACUGGGAUGCGAUGGACACGCUCUACAACGCCGAAUACGGUCUGUACCACGCCGGGCCUCUUCUUCACCACCCCGAUGGUGCUCCCGUUGUAUAACCGACAAACAGUAAGGGAGCUGGUCUUCAAGGUCUGGAAAAUGUUGACAAAAGCCAGAUGAGCAACAAUAGGAGAGACGACCAGUUGGAGUGAUAUUUACGAAGCAACGGACACGACAUUCUUGGGUAUGGUUUUCUUUGCAGCGUUCAUCCCAACAAACUUCUGUAGCACUCUUUCCCCCACCUGAAACAUCAAUCUUUUGGCUCUGGUGGGGGUUUUAACGAGGCUACGUUUCCCAUGCUCAAAAUUUCCUCCUCUUGCAUUGCGACCGUGAUAUGGAUGUAAAAUGCAUUGUCUCUUUAUAGAAAUCCGUACACUUGUUUACCGCUGGAUGAGUGGCCUCAUAAUAUUUUCAGCAUUUCGAAAGAGAGAUUAGC